AUGCGGACCUUCUUUCUCCUUGUGGCUUGCGCAAUGACCGCCAGUCACGGGGCUCGGCCCAGUGCCGAACAUGGACACCUCAGCUCUGAGCCUGCGCCAAAGCAGCUGCAUGCGGAGUGCGCCCAGAAGAUGCUUGGUGGCGAAUGUGGUGCCGGGAUGCAAUGCUGGGGAAACGGCCAGGGCAAGAACUGGUGCUGCUUCCCGUCCGGCGCCAAGCCAAACGAUUUCCGAGCAGAAGGCCAAGUUCAGUGGGGCCCGAAAGCGUGCUGCAACGGGGAAUGGAUGGACAUGGGGAUGGGGCAGCACCGGGUCAUCGGCACCUGCGGGUAG